AUGACCGGCCUUGCAGAGGAAUGGUGGUUCGACAGUGGUAGGGCCGCUCUGGGCGCAGACGCCAGAGAUUGGAAGAAAUUCACCCAGGCCCUCGAGAGCCGAUUCACUCCCUCGACUUACGCCAUGAACAUGGAGGAGGACUGGAGCAAUCUGCAAUGUGGGCCCAACGAGUCAUCCUAUUCCUAUGAGACACGCUUCCGAGCGGCACGACACCACCUGUCCAGAGAGGCCGCCCCAGAGGAGGCCUGGUUACGGCUGACCAGUGGUAUGAAGGACAUGUGGCGACGUGAGAUCAUGAAGCAGGGCCCCAUACUGCAGAACAACGUCGAGGAGACCCUGCGUCAUAUGCACAUUGUGGCAGGCGCAGAAUACUUCCCAGGAGCUCACGCCCAGACACCCGCGGCCGCACCUGUGGCCACACCUACAUCCACCAGCCAGUACGGUCCUGGACCGAUGGAGGUGGACAACGCGGUGCUGCUCAAGGCUAUGAUGGAAUCGCAGGAGGCCAGCCAGAAGCGAAUGAUGGAACAGCAGACCCAUAUGGUUGAACUGAUGGCAAACGCCAUUGGACGAGCUAACAACAACGGCUCCCAAAACGGCCGCAACAACCGUGGUGGCCGUGGUAACUACUACAACCAGCGAACCUCUCGUGAGUGCUACACCUGCGGCAAGAUUGGCCACCUGGCUCGUGACUGCCGACAUCGUGAACGUGUUCAGGAACUGAUUCAACAGGACCAGGGAAAAUGUGCGACAGCAGUAAUGACCGAGACCAUUACUGCUGAGCCACUCGAAGAUCUCGAAUCGGUGAGUGUGCCACCUGCGGAGUAUGAUAUAAUCAAUAAAUCCAACUUUGUAGAGGACACUACCGGAGAACCGGAGGAUGCAGGGGUAGAGGUGCAUCUGGAGGAAGAGCAAACGGAGGAACCAAUGCAGCUGGAGGAAGAACAAGUGGGGGAACAAGUGGAGGAACCACUGAUUGCUGCACGAGUUGAGGUGGUAGAUGGUAAGCGGCGACGAGCCUUGAUCAAGGGCGACCGACCACCGAUCUCGAUCCCGUACUGCUACAACGGUACCACAGUGCAGGCGUUGUUGGACUGUGGCGCGAGCUCGUGCUUCAUUAGCAGGAACCUGGCUGAGAAAUUAGGCCUGAAAAUGACGCCCUGCAAACCACGACAAGUCCAGUCCGUGCAUAGCAUGGAGACAACCAACUAUACUGUGGAAGUACCGGUUGAGCUGGGUAAGUGGGGUUGCGACGUGUUUGCGUACGUCUUACCCCAGAUGGUCGGACAAGAGCUACUAUUAGGCAUGCCCUUCUUCGAAGAGUAUCAUGAAGCCGUGGAUUUCAAAGCUCGAACGUUCACACCCGACGGGUACGAGGUACCGGCAUGGCCAGCUAACGAGUCAACUACGUGGGACAAACACGGCCACAUCAAGUCGUGCUCACUAGAGAAAGCUACGCAGCUGGCCGAACACCACGGUGCGCAGCUGUUCCUCUACAUGGUACGGGAGAAGCCAGAGGGGGAGGAGCAUGAGCCGGAUGUCGAUACCCGAGAGGUGCUGGAGGAGUAUGCAGAUGUGAUUGUUGACAAAAUGCCAAUGGAGCUACCUCCGAAACGGAGCGUAGAACAUACCAUCGACUCCGAUGAGACGGCACGACCUCCAGCCAGGGCAUCGUAUCGACUUACCCGAUUCGAAUGGGCUGAGGUCGACAAGCAGGUAAACGACUUGUUGGAGCGAGGAAUCAUCCGACCAUCGAAGUCACCUUACAGCGCACCGUUAGUGAUUGUAAAAAAGAAAGGAGGUGAACUUCGUAUCUGCACAGACUAUCGCGCCCUCAACGAGCUUACCACCAAGGAUCGAUUUCCGCUGCCCCGUAUCGAUGACAUUCUGGAUUGCCUUGACGGCGCCGACACCUUCUCCAAGUUCGAUCUUUUGUCGGGCUACUGGCAGGUGUUGGUAAAAGAGUCUGAUGUACACAAGACGGCCUUCUCGACUCGAUCGGGACAUUAUGAGUACCUGGUAAUGCCGUUCGGUCUAUGCAACGCUCCCGCCACCUUCCAGAGAUUGAUGAAUGACGCCCUACGACCAUUCCUUAACAAGACAGUCUGUGUGUAUCUUGACGACAUCAUCGUGUUCAGCCGAAACCGAGAGGACCACAAACGACACGUGAGGGAAGUCUUGGACGCCCUGAGAGCACAGAAGUUCUAUGCCAAGAAGUCGAAAUGUGAGUUAUUCAGGAAGAAGAUGGGAUUCCUGGGCCACGUGGUGUCUGCGGCAGGAGUGGAGCCAGACCCUGAGAAAGUGAAGGUUGUGGAAGAGUGGGUACCUCCCAACACGCCGAAAGGCCUCUUGAGCUUUCUAGGACUGACUGGGUAUUAUCGACGGUUCAUCGAAGACUACGCUAAAAUCGCCGCCCCACUCACAGACGCUGCCACAUUGUCGCCAACUGACUUUAAAUGGACUGAGGCAUGCCAGGUGGCGUUUGAACAGAUGAAGGCGAAGCUAGUAUCGAACGAGGUCAUGAUCAUACCUACAAUGGAGGACACGUUCAAGGUGAGUACGGACGCGUGCGAUAUUGCGAUGGGCGGAGUACUACAGCAGUGGAGUCCCAAGGACCAAGAGUUCCGACCUGUGGCAUAUGAGUCCACGAAGUUCAAGAAACACGAGAUGAACUACCCGACGCGUGAGAAGGAAUUCUAUGCUAUCAUCCAUGCCCUACGGAAGUGGCGACACUACCUACUUGGCCGACCGUUCUUGAUUGAGACAGAUCAUCAGUCUCUGAGUUACUUUACGUCCCAGACACACCCUCCCAGUGGACGACUGAGUCGAUGGCUCGACUUCCUAGCGGAAUACGACUUUGAGAUCAAGUACGUGCCGGGCAAAGACAACGACGCAGCCGACGGGUUGUCUCGUAUGUUGGCACAGACAGCGAUGGUGUUCGAGCCGGACGACUCGUUGCUAGACAUCAUCAAGCAGGGCUAUGAGUCGGACGAGUACUUUAAGGACGUCUUCAAGGUACUGGCCACGGAACCGGUGGUCAUCCCCAAAGAGAUGCACAACCACGCCCGCCAUUUCCGAUACGACAAGAACACAGGACUGCUGUAUUUCGCCUCCGUUUACAAGGGGGAGGGAGAGCGACUCUGCGUGCCAAGAGGUAAGGCCAGAAAAAUGCUGAUGAAGGAGGCUCAUGACGCACCCCUUGCUGGUCACUACGGAUACUUCAAAAGCUAUGAAAGGCUGGCGAGGGCUUACUACUGGCCACGAAUGAUAGACCACAUGCGCAACCACACCAGAUCCUGUCUGAUCUGCCAGACCACGAAGGCCAGACGAGCACCACCCCAGGGCUUGCUGAAGCAGCUGCCGGUACCGACGGGAAAUUGGCAGGAGAUCACAAUGGACUUCAUUGGAGGCAUCCCAACGACCCAUCGAGGCCACAACAAUAUCUGGGUCACGGUUGAUAGGAUGUCAAAGAUGGUACAUCUGAUUCCUUGCAAGACGAGCACGGAUGGAGAAGAGUUGGCGGACAUGUACAUUGACCGCAUUGUUCGAUAUCACGGAGUACCUCGUUCGAUCGUGUCGGACAGGGACAAGCUAUUCACAGCAAAGCUAUGGCAGACGUUACAGACACGUCUAGGCACAGAGUUGAAGUUUUCCACAGUCAAUCACCCCCAGACUGAUGGACAGUCAGAACGAGUGAACACCGAGCUGAUUCGACAGAUGAAGCAACACUUCGUCACGGACAAAAACUGGGACCUCUGGUUACCUGUCAUCGAGUUUGCGAUGAAUUCUGCAAAGCAUUCGUCCACCGGAUACGCACCCUUCGAGGCGGUGUAUGGAUACAUCCCAGACGGACCAACGUAUGCCUCGACUCGAGAGCUCACCAAGGUACACCAUCAAAUGGACGCUUGGAUGGACAAACUACGGGCUAUUUCCAAUUCGAUGCACGACCGAUUAAUCGAGCACCAACGGGUCCAGGAGAACAGGGUGAAUCAGCAUCGAGUGCCAGUCGCGUUUCAGAUUAACGACCAAGUCUUGGUACAUCGGAAGGCGUUCUUUGACAAGGCCAAGUACGCAAAGAUGUAUGACGUCUACUUUGGACCAUUUCCCAUCGAGAAGAAGAUUGACACCAAUGUCUACAAGGUGCAGCUACCAUACGACUCGACUCGACACAAGAAUAUCAAUGUACAACACUUGAAGAAGUUCAUACCUCGACCUGAGUAUGACAUCAACCCACCCAGUACGGAGUACUCUCAAGAAUGCAGCCUGCAUCAGAUCACCAGCCUGGUGGGUAUUGAUGACGACCGUUACUUCGUAACUUGGGAAGAUUGUGACCCCUCUAUUGCCUCUUCAAUUUCGAAAGAGAUGUUCCACCGCAUCCCUAAAGACAAACGGGAUUCACUAUUGGAUCAAUGGAACCAGUUCAUUAAGACCCCUGCGGAAAGCGAGGACUAUGUGGACAUCUCCUAG